UUUCCAUUUCCAUUUCCAGAAGAGCAUCCAAAUAUCCAAUAAAUAGAAACGGUUAUCCAAUGGCGACGGAGGAGAAGUCGGUGAUGGUUGUCGGGGUCGACGACAGUGAGCACAGCUUUUAUGCUCUUCAGUGGACUCUCGAUCACUUCUUUGCUCCUUUCCCUGGUACCGCUCCUUUCAAGCUGGUUAUUGUUCACGCUAAACCCUCUCCCACCACCGCAAUCGGACUCGCCGGACCUGGGGCCGCUGAUGUUUUACCAUAUGUGGAGGCGGAUUUGAAGAAGAUAGCUGGUAGAGUUGUAGGAAAGGCUCACGAGAUCUGCGCCAGCAAAUCGGUUACGGAUGUAAUUUUAGAGGUGGUGGAAGGCGAUCCUAGGAACGUUAUGUGUGAGGCUGUGGAGAAACACCAUGCGUCCAUUUUGGUUGUGGGUAGUCAUGGCUACGGUGCUAUCAAAAGGGCGGUUCUAGGGAGUGUAAGUGACUACUGUGCCCACCAUGCUCACUGCACUGUGAUGAUUGUGAAGAAGCCUAAAAUUAAACACUACACUGAAAAACGAAUUGGAGCUCCAAUGGCGACGGCGGAGAAGUCGGUGAUGGUCGUCGGGAUCGACGACAGCGAACACAGCUUGUAUGCCUUUGAGUGGACUCUCGAUCACUUCUUUGCUCCUUUCCCUGGUACCGCUCCUUUCAAGCUCGUUAUUGUUCACGCUAAACCCUCUCCCACCGCCGCAAUCGGAUUCGGCGGACCUGGAGCUAUUGAUGUUUUACCAUAUGUGGAGGCGGAUUUGAAGAAGACAGCUGAUAGAGUUGUAGAAAAGGCUCGCCAGGUCUGCUCCAGCAAAUCGGUUACGGAUGUAACAGUAGAGGUGGUGGAAGGCGAUGCCAGGAACGUUAUGUGUGAGGCUGUGGAGAAACACCAUGCAUCUAUCUUGGUUGUGGGUAGUCAUGGCUACGGUGCUAUCAAAAGGGCGGUUCUAGGGAGUGUAAGUGACUACUGUGCUCACCAUGCUCACUGCACUGUGAUGAUUGUGAAGAAGCCUAAAACUAAACACUAAGGUUGCUAAUUCUAAAUAAGUGAAUAAAUAUAGCAGUUGUACCAAACAAGUUAGCUCGUACACUGUUGUUACAUCUGCAUCUUGUGUCUUAUGUGUAUUAAUUUGUCCUUGUGCAACUUUGUUUCCAGUAAAUGCUUCAUUUCUGAUGAAGUGCUGUUUUGUUAUUUCUUUUCUGCUUUAUUUGAUCAAGUUUAUUCAAAUCUAAUGAUCAUAAAUAUUCUUCACCCU